AUGGCACAGAAUACUAUUUGUGAUCUUUGCAAAGAAGACUCUGAAGAUCUUGAACACCUUAUGUUCAAAUGCAAGGCCACAGUCCCCAUUUGGCAUGAGUUGUUCGAGUGGAUGAAGAUACCGUUGGCUACGAAUCUUGAUAUGGAUUGGAUUAGAAGGAAAUCAAAAGGAAAAGGAUGGCCUAAUGUGCUUGUCAAGGCUGCUUCCACAGAAAUUGUCUAUGGUAUAUGGAUGUAUAGAAACUCCAUGAUUUUUGGAAAUAAAGGGUCCUAUAGGGAUAUUCAAAGUGUCAUAAAGUCAACAAUAGAUUCUUUAGUCUAUAGAGGGUGGAUGAAACCCAAACAUAGAAAUCACAUUGUUAAUAUUCUCAUGUAA